AUGAAUGUGUUAUGCAACCCUGGAAUGAAAUUAAGACACUGGAAAGAAGUUUCCAAAAUUUGUGGUAAACGUGUUGUCCCUGAUACUUCAACGACUUUUGAAGAUCUAAUACAGUUGGGAGUGCAAAAUUUUGUAGAAGAAAUAGGACCCAUAAGUGCAACUGCAGCUAGAGAGUUGGGACUUGAACGCACACUGAAACAAAUGCAGGCUGAAUGGAAAGAUGUAGAACUUACUAUCCUUCCUCAUAGAGACAGUGGAACUUACGUCUUAGCAUCUGUUGAUGAAAUUCAAACAUUGCUUGAUGAUCAUAUUGUAAAAACCCAAGCCAUGAGAGGAUCACCAUUUGCAAAACCAUUUGAAGCAGAAACAAAGUCAUGGGAAGACAAAUUGAAACUAACUCAAGAUGCAAUUGAUGAGUGGAUAAAAGUUCAGAUGCAAUGGCUUUAUUUAGAACCAAUAUUUUCUUCUCCUGAUAUAAUGCAACAAAUGCCUGUUGAAGGACGCCUCUUCAAAAAUGUUGAUAAAAAGUGGAGACAAGUUAUGGAAGAAACAACGAAUAGAAGAAAUGUUUUAGAAAAUACAACAUCCAAAAAUGUGUAUUCUGAUUUAUGUAACUGCAAUGAAAUGCUGGACAAAAUCAAUAAAGGCCUAAAUACAUAUUUAGAAAUGAAAAGACUAUUCUUCCCUAGAUUUUUUUUCUUGUCUAAUGAUGAAAUGCUUGAGAUAUUAUCUGAAACUAAAGAUCCUCUACGAGUGCAACCCCACUUAAAAAAAUGUUUUGAAGGCAUAGCAAGUUUAGAUUUUGAUGAAGAUCUGAGGAUUCAUGGAAUGUUGAGCAGUGAAGGUGAGAAAGUGCUGUUUAUGAGCAUAAUUGGAACCAAAGAAGCCAGAGGCCAAGUUGAAAGGUGGUUAUUGCAGGUUCAAGAUGUUAUGCUGGUGUCUGUAAGAAAUGUUAUCCUAGAUGCUCACAAGGCUUAUGCAGUAACUCCGAGACUUGAUUGGAUUGUUCAGUGGCCUGGACAAGUUGUCCUCUGCGUGUCACAAAUUUAUUGGACUGUAGAAGUUCACCAAGCAUUUUCUGGAGGUCUUACUUCAGUGAAAAAAUAUUAUGAAAAAUUGAAUGACCAGUUGAGUGGCAUUGUUGAUUUAGUCAGAGGGAAGCUGAACAAGCAAGUUCGUGUCACAUUGGGAGCUUUAGUAGUCAUUGAUGUUCAUGCUAGAGAUGUUGUUCAAGAAUUAAUUGAUAAUGGGAUUGAAAGUGAAUUUGAUUUUCAAUGGCUUGCUCAGCUCAGGUACUAUGUUGAAGAUUUUAAUGACUCUGACGAAGUCCGUGUGAGAAUCACUAAUGCUAAUGUUAAAUAUGCAUAUGAGUAUUUGGGAAAUACUCCAAGAUUAGUAAUAACUCCUCUUACGGAUCGCUGUUACCGAACACUCGUGGGGGCCUUUCAUCUUCAUUUAAAUGGUGCCCCUGAGGGUCCAGCUGGAACAGGAAAAACAGAAACAACCAAAGAUCUUGCUAAAGCUUUGGCCGUUCAGUGUGUUGUAUUUAAUUGCUCUGAUGGAUUGGAUUAUAUUGCUAUGGGAAAGUUUUUCAAAGGUUUGGCUUCUUCAGGAGCAUGGGCUUGUUUUGAUGAAUUCAAUCGUAUUGAGCUAGAAGUACUUUCUGUUGUUGCUCAACAGAUUUUAUGCAUUAUUCGUGCUGUAAGGGCAGAUGUUGACUUUCUUAAUUUUGAAGGGACUGAAUUAAGGUUAAAUCCCAAUUGUUAUGUCUGUAUUACCAUGAAUCCUGGCUAUGCCGGGCGUUCUGAACUACCUGAUAAUCUUAAGGUACUUUUCCGUACCGUAGCUAUGAUGGUACCUGAUUAUGCAAUGAUUGGAGAAAUAUCGCUGUAUUCAUUUGGAUAUCUUGAUGCAAGAAAUUUGGCUGUAAAGAUUGUCACUACCUAUCGCCUAUGCUCUGAGCAGUUAUCGUCUCAAAACCACUAUGAUUAUGGCAUGAGAGCUGUUAAAGCUGUCUUAGCUGCUUCUGGCAAUUUAAAACUGAAAUUUCCUGAUGCAGAAGAAGAUAUUCUGCUUUUGAGAUCUAUUCUUGAUGUAAAUCUGCCAAAGUUUUUAUCCCAUGACAUUCCUCUCUUUGAAGGCAUCAUAUCAGAUUUGUUUCCUGGCAUCACUUUGCCGAAGCCAGAUUACAAGGUAUUUCUUGAUGUUACAAAUGAAGUUUGUGAAAAAAUGAAUUUACAACCUGCUGAUGCCUUUAUUCUAAAAAUCAUACAAACUUUCGAAAUGAUGAUUGUCCGUCAUGGUUUCAUGAUGGUUGGAGCUCCUAAUGCUGGUAAAACUAGUGUACUGAAAGUGUUGGCUUCUGUUCUAUCACUAAUGAAAGAAAGAGAUUUGGGAGAAGAAGAAGCUGUUACAUAUCGAACAUUGAAUCCCAAAUCCAUAACUAUGGGGCAGUUGUUUGGUGAAUUUGACCCCAUUACUCAUGAGUGGUCAGAUGGGGUUGUAGCUAUCAUUUUUCGGGAAUUUGCUUUCUCUAAAAGCCCAAAUAGAAAGUGGGUUGUUUUUGAUGGCCCAGUUGAUACUUUGUGGAUUGAAAGUAUGAAUACUGUAUUGGAUGACAACAAAAAACUCUGCCUUAUGAGCGGUGAAAUCAUUCAAAUGACAAAUUCCAUGAGCUUAAUUUUUGAAGUGAUGGAUCUCUCCCAGGCAUCUCCUGCUACUGUCAGUCGAUGCGGUAUGAUUUAUAUGGAGCCAUCUGCAUUGGGUUGGGAACCAAUUGUAAAAUCGUGGAUAAGUGUAACUCCUGAAAUUUGGAGUUCGGAGCACAAGCCUGUGAUAUAUGCUUUAUGUAAAUGGCUGAUACCAUGUUGUACGAAAUUUAUACGCAAGAACUGUAAGGAAUCAAUAACGACUUCUGACAGUCAUCUCGUUGAUUCAUUCUUAAAAAUGGUAAACAUCAUAAUGGCCGACGCUUGUGCUGAUGAAGAAAACAUGUCCCAUGCGGAUACAAAAAUUAUGAAAUGUUGGAUUAUUGGAGCUUUUAUGUUUUCUACCGUGUGGACCCUUGGCGCUACCAUCGAUGAAGUGGGAAGAGAGAAGUAUAGUGAUUUUUUGAAGGAACUGGCUGUUGGUGGGGUUCCAGGUUUACCUAUUCCUCCAGAGGUUGGAAUGAAAAUUGAUAUACCAUAUCCAAAAGAGGGCUCUGUGUAUGAUUAUAAAUUUUCAGCAAGAGGCAAAGGACAAUGGCAUGCUUGGAGAGAUUCUAUUGUGCCUAUUUCUGCACCAAAUAUCAACAUUAGAGAAGUUAUUGUUCCAACAGUAGACACUGUUAGGUACUCCUAUCUGAUGGAUAUAACUAUUCGUCAUAACAGACCUUUGCUUCUUGUUGGUUCAACAGGAACUGGAAAAACUGUAUAUGUUCAAGAUAAAAUGAUGAAAGCUUUAGACAAAAAUGUAUUUGCACCUUCAUUUAUUGCUUUUUCUACUCAAACAUCAGCUUCACAAGCUCAAGACAUCAUUAUUUCAAAAUUGGAAAAGCGAAGAAAAGGUGUUUUUGGACCGCCAUUUGGAAAGAAGUGCGUUAUAUUUAUUGAUGAUUUAAACAUGCCUGCUGUUGAAGUUUUUGGUGCUCAACCACCGAUUGAACUUUUAAGACAACUUUUCGACCAUGGUUUGUGGUAUGAAAAGAAAGAAAAGACUGAGUUACGUCUAGUUGAUACUCAAUUCAUCGCAGCAAUGGGGCCUCCAGGUGGAUCUAGGAAUGAUAUAACUCCACGUCUUUUGCGACAUUUUGGUGUAGUUGUAAUAAACCCAUUCAGCACAGAAACAUUGAUUUCUAUAUUUUCCUCCGUAAUUGGGAUUCACUUUAAGAAUAACCAUUUUCCACCUGAAGCUCUAGCUUCUGCUGCAGAUAUAGUUGCUGCAACUGCUCGCAUUUAUAAUUCUGCUAUUUCAUAUCUUCUGCCUACACCUGCUAAAUCUCAUUAUGUUUUCAAUUUGCGAGAUUUUGCUAGGGUGAUUUACGGAUGUUGCUUGAUAAAGAAAGAAUCUGUCAAUGGUAAAAAGAUUAUAAGGUUGUGGGUUCAUGAAGUUUAUCGAGUGUUUUAUGACAGAUUAAUUGAUGUAAAUGACUGUCAGUGGUUAUUUCAAGAAGUGAAAGGAUUGAUUACAAGUUUGUUCAAGGAAAAUUUCAACUCUAUGUUUGGUCAUUUAUCCUCUAAUGGAGAGGUAUCGGAAGAUGAUAUGAGAAAUUUGUUAUUCGGUACCUACUUGAAUUAUGAAGAAAUCCCGUCAGAACGUUUGUAUGAUGAAUGCAUAAAUAUAGAACCAUUUGAAGAAAUAGUGCAUAAAUGUUUAGCAGAAUUUAAUACUGUUAGCAAAUCACCAAUGGAUAUGGUCAUUUUCCGUUAUGUAUUGGAACAUCUCUCUCGCCUCUGUAGAAUAUUAACUAUGCCUGGUGGUAAUGCCUUAUUAGUUGGAGUUGGAGGUAGUGGUAGGCAAUCAGUCACAAAAUUAGCAUCUUUCAUUGCAGGACAUUGGCUCUUUCAACCUGAAAUUUCCAAAAAUUAUGGCUUAAAUGAGUGGAGAGAAGAUAUAAAGGUAUCGUGUGGAGCUGAUGGCAAAGGAACUGUAUUAAUCACUGACACUCAGAUUAAAGAGGAGUGCUUUCUGGAAGACAUUGACAACUUGCUAAAUUGAGAAGUACCUAAUCUCUUUGCAGUUGAUGAAAAGCAAGAAAAUAUGGAAGCAGUAAGACCAUUGGUUGAAAAAGAAGAUAAUGCAGACCUUUCCCCAUUGGCCCUGUUUUCUUACUUUGUAAAGAGAUCUAGUGAGAAUAUGCACAUUAUAAUUGCAAUGAGCCCUAUUGGAAAUGCUUUUCGUUCCAGAUUGAGGCAGUUUCCAUCAUUGAUAAACUGUUGCACUAUUGACUGGUACCAACCCUGGCCAGAAGAUGCUUUGGAAAAAGUGGCGGAAUACUCUUUAAAGAACAUGGCUUUAAAAUCAGAUAUGCGGAUUAAUGUUGUGUCAAUUUGUAAAUAUUUCCAUACUACAUCUCAAGAACUGAGUACACGAUUUGCGAAUGAACUUGGACGUCACACAUAUAUCACACCUACAUCAUAUCUAGUCCUUAUGUCAUCAUUUAAAGAACUUCUGAGCAAAAAGCAAGAAGAAAUCAAAGCAGCCAUACAGCGCUAUAUUGGUGGCCUCGGACAACUAGAAUUCUUUUCAACUACGAUCAUUGGAAUGCAAAAAGAUAUUGAGGAGUUGCAGCCUAAACUGGUUGUAGCUCAGGAGGAGGCUGAAGAAUUAAUAGAGACAAUUAAAACUGAAUCAGCUGAGGUGGAAAAAGUAAAAAUAGUUGUAAAUAAAGAUGAAGUUAAUGCAAAAGCUCAAGCAAGAGAAUCUGCUGCUUUGAAGCAAGAAUGUGAAGCUGAUCUAGCUGAAGCUCUACCUGCCUUGGAGGCUGCUCUUGCUGCUUUGGAUACUCUUAAGCCAGCUGAUAUAACUGUUGUGAAAUCCAUGAAAAAUCCACCUAAUGCAGUAAAAGUAGUUUUAGCUGCCGUGUGCAUAAUGAAAAAUAUAAAGCCAGAUAGAAUUACAGAUCCUGGAACUGGCAGAAAAGUAAAUGACUUUUGGGGACCAUCAAAAAAACUUCUUGGGGACAUGGGUUUUCUGCAAUCGCUUAGAGAAUAUGAUAAAGAUAACAUCGAUCCAACAAUUAUGGAAAAAAUUCGCACUGAAUAUGUAGGUUUACCUGAAUUUGAUCCUGUAAAUGUUGCAAAAGCAUCAUCAGCUGCUGAAGGACUUUGUAGAUGGGUUCUUGCAAUGGAAAUAUAUGAUAGAACAGCAAAGAUUGUUGCCCCGAAAAAAGAAAAACUAGCUGAAGCAGAGCAACAACUUGAAGUCAUUAUGAAAUUGUUGGGGGAAAAACAAGCUGAGCUUUCUGCAUUGGAACAAAAGUUAGCCAAUCUAAGAAAUGAAUGUGACCAAUCAAUACAAAAGAAAAAAGACUUGGAAAAUCAAGCUGCCACAUGUGAAAGGAACUUGAAAAGAGCAGAGAAAUUGAUUGGUGGACUUGGCGGAGAAAGAAUCAGGUGGGCUAAUGAAGCAGAAAAUCUUAAGAUAAAAUAUGACAAUUUGCCUGGAGAUGUUCUGCUUGCAUCUGCUGUAAUAGCUUAUCUUGGCCCUUAUACGUCGUUGUAUCGAAACCUAUGUAUCAGUGAUUGGGUUAAACAUUGUUUGAAUCAUAAUAUUCCAUGCUCCAGAACGUUUUCUCUGGGGGAUACACUUGGAAACCCUGUAAAAAUACAGUUCUGGAAUUUGAAUGGCUUGCCGAGAGAUGCAUUCUCAACUGACAAUGGAGUUAUUGUAGAAUAUGCCAAGAGAUGGCCCUUAAUGAUCGACCCACAAGGGCAAGCAAACAAGUGGAUCAAAAAUAUGGAGAAAGAUAAUCAACUCGCAGUUGUUAAAUUGACUGAUGCAGACAUUUUAAGAAUUCUAGAGAGUUGUCUGCAGCUUGGAAGACCUGUAUUACUUGAAAAUAUUGGUGAAGAACUGGAUCCCUCUUUAGAACCUUUACUUCUUCGACAAACUUUUAAACAAGGUACAAUUGAUAUGGUUCAGCUGGGGGACAACAUAGUGGAGUUCAAUAAAGAUUUCAGACUUUACAUAACUACAAAAUUACGAAAUCCACAUUAUUUACCUGAAAUUUCUACUAAAGUUUCUUUGCUGAAUUUCAUGAUUACACCUGAAGGUCUGGAAGAUCAGCUUUUAGGAAUUGUAGUUGCGCAAGAAAGACCUGAUUUGGAAAAAGCAAGGCAAGAGUUGAUCAUAGAAACAGCUGCUAAUGAGAAGGCCUUGCAGGAGUUGGAAGAUAAAAUUCUUAAAACAUUAGCACAAUCUGAAGGAAGCAAUAUUCUUGAAAAUGAAGAAGCUACUCAAAUUUUAGAUUCUUCUAAAUUUCUUGUUGAUGAUAUCAAAGCAAAGCAAAAAAUUGCUGACGAAACAACAGCCCACAUUAAUCAAUCUCGUGAAUCAUACAAGGGUGUUGCUAAACGUUCCUCUGUCCUAUUUUUUUCUAUCACUGACCUUCCUAAUGUGGAUCCUAUGUAUCAGUAUUCUCUAACUUGGUAUAUUAAUCUUUUCCUGAAAGCUAUCCAGCAAAGUGAGAAGUCAUCUGAUCUAUCCAUAAGAUUGAAGAAUCUAAGUGAAUAUUUCACAUAUAGCUUGUAUUGCAACAUUUGUCGCUCUCUAUUUGAAAAGGAUAAGCUGCUUUUUGCAUUCAUUUUGUGUUGCAACUUGCUUAUAUCGGACAAGAAGCUGGAGAAGAGUGAAUUUAAAUUUUUCCUGACUGGUGGUGUUGGUUUGGAGAAUACUGUAUCAAACCCAGCUCCAUCUUGGUUACUGGAAAAGAGCUGGAAUGAGCUCUGUAGAUUGUCCGACACAAAAGCUUUUGAUGGUUUGAGGGAAGAUUUUAUUGAUGAUCCAGAUAUAUGGAAAACAAUUCAUGAUUCAAAGGAACCUCAAAAAUUGGAACUGCCUAAGCAAUGGAAUACUAAUAUUACUGAUUUCCAGAAACUGAUGAUUUUGAAGUGUAUGAGACCAGAUAAGAUUGUUCCAAUGGUUACAAAGUUUGUUGCAGCAAAUCUCGGCGAAGAAUUUGUUCAUCCCCCACCUUUUGAUCUUCCUCAAAGUUACAGUGAUUCAAGUGCUACAACACCUUUGUUGUUUGUCCUUUCACCUGGAGCUGAUCCAAUGGCAGCUUUGCUGAAAUUUGCUGAGGAUAAAGGCUUUGGAGGAGAGAGAUUCGAUGCAAUAUCUCUUGGUCAAGGACAGGGUCCAGUAGCCCAAAAAAUGAUAGAAAAGGCUCAGAAAUUAGGAACUUGGGUAGCUUUGCAAAAUUGUCAUUUAGCUGUAUCUUGGAUGCCACAACUGGAAAAAAUUUGCAGUGAACUGACAGAUAAAAAUACUGAUAGUAAUUGUCGCAUAUGGCUUACAAGUUAUCCUUCUGAAAAGUUUCCUGUAACAGUCCUGCAAAAUGGUGUAAAAAUGACCAAUGAGCCCCCCACUGGCUUGAAACAGAAUCUUCUACAAUCAUUUCUUGGUACUCCCAUCAGCGAUAAUACUUUCUUCACAGGGUGUGGAAAUAAAAAUAAGAUUUUUCACAAGCUAAUGUUUAGCCUGUGUUUCUUCCAUGCUCUUGUGCAAGAAAGACGGAAGUUUGGUCCCAUUGGUUGGAACAUUCCAUAUGGGUUCAACGAGUCUGAUUUGAGAAUCUCACUACAGCAGCUGCAAAUGUUUGUCAAUGAAUAUGCUGAAGUACCUUUUGAAGCUAUUACUUAUAUGACAGGGGAAUGCAACUAUGGUGGACGUGUCACUGAUGACUGGGACAGACGUUGUCUUUUGACUCUUCUGUCUGACUUUUGUAAUUCUAGAAUCAUAGAAGAAGCUGAGUAUAAAUUAUCUUCAGAUGGGCUCUAUACCAUACCAGACAUUCAGCAAUAUGAUGGCAUACUGGAGUUUAUAGAGAAUUUACCUCAAAUGCAGCAUCCCGAAGUUUUUGGCAUGCACGAAAAUGUAGACAUCACCCGUGAGCUACAAGAAAGUCGCCGACUUUUGGAUAGUAUUUUGUUGACAGAAGGAACAGCAACUUCUAGUGAAGGAGGGACUUCUGACCAACAGCUUUUUGAAGUGGCUUCAGACAUUUUAGCUAAACUACCUCCACGUUUCAACUUGGAAGAAGCAGGAGCAAAAUAUCCUGUUCGUUAUAAUGAAAGCAUGAAUACAGUGCUUGUUCAAGAAAUGGAAAGAUUUAACAAAUUACAUGACGUGAUUCGUAGCAGUCUUUUGCUUCUUCAAAAAGCAAUAAAAGGCUUAGUUGUUAUGUCAGCUGAUUUGGAAGCACUUGCAGGAAGUUUGUUGAUUGGUCGUCAGCCAAGCAUGUGGUCUGCUUCAUCUUAUCCAUCUUUAAAGCCUUUAGGAAGCUACAUCAAUGAUUUUAUACAAAGACUGCAAUUCUUGCAGAAAUGGUAUGAUGAAGGUAAGCCAAAUGUAUUCUGGCUCUCUGGAUUUUAUUUCACACAAGCUUUUCUCACUGGUGCAAUGCAGAAUUAUGCUCGCAAAUAUAAAAUACCAAUAGACCUACUAGCGUUUGAAUAUGAGGUUCUUAAAACAGAUACAUCUGAUACUGCUCCAGAUGAUGGUGUAUAUAUAAAUGGGCUAUUUCUUGAUGGUGCUAAAUGGGAUAGAGAAAGAAAUAUGCUAACUGAGCAAGAUCCAAAAACUCUUUCAUGUCCAAUGCCUGUUAUCUGGUUAUUACCUUGCAUGAAAGCCGACAUCAUUGAGGGAAGUCGCUACAAGUCACCUUUAUAUAAAACAAGUGAAAGGAGGGGUACUUUAUCCACAACUGGUCACUCUACAAAUUAUGUUCUGCAUUUUUUACUUGCAACAGAAAAACCUCCACAACACUGGAUCAAAAGAGGAACUGCUCUUUUGUGUCAAUUAGAUGACUAAAAAACAUCACAGAGUUCUAUAUUUUUUUCCAUUAUAGCUGUUAGUGAAAUGCACAUCAAUGGAGAAAAGAUGCAUUGAUUUAGGGAAAAUAUUUUCAAAGUAUUCUA